UGUCUGGUCAUUUCCUCACUCACUGGCAGCAACAGAGUCCGCAUCCAUCGCAGCCACACACACACAGCCAUAAAGAAGAGAUGACACCCACCCGUCCAUUCCAUUUCAUCAACGCGAUGAGCCACUUCACUCAAUCAAACAGUCAGCCCUCUCCACCACACACAUCUCUGUCCCCUCCUCCCGUCACACCACCGUCCCUCUGUUGAUGACGCCAUCGGCUAGCUCGAAGUGGCUCAGCACGGCACGCCAGCGGGGCAUCGAUGUGGGGAAGCGGACGGCCAGCGGCUGAGACCGAUCGCCAGCAGACCGCUCGGUCGUCCACAGAGUGAUGUCGCCUAUCACCGACAGAAGGGCAGCGACGUCCUCGUUGGGCCGGAAGCCGCUCACGACCACAUAACGAAAGUGAAAAGGGUUGGCAUAAUUCAGGUUGCCGCCGUCAUUCCGGUAGUCCACAGCGAUGGCCCCCUGCUGCUGCUCGCUCAUGGCCUCGGUCAGCAGACGGCGGUAGCGGGUGUCAUUCCUGCCGAUGUGUGCCUGCAGCACCCUCCUGUUGCCGACCCAUGCCUCAUGGCACCACAGCAUGAAGAGCCUGCCCAGCAGGAACGAUGAGAAGGAGGCGAGGAGCCAGUUGCCCCAUCGGAUGGCGGGAUCGGUCGUAUUGUAGGCGCUGCGAUAGGGAUGGUUGGCCGGCAGCUCACUCAACGGCACCACACGGAACGACUCAUCGCCGAUCCGAUGGACAUCGUUGUCAGCUGGCUGCAGCGCCAGACUGGUGCCCUGGUGGGUGAGGCGGUGGCCGAAUAGCCGGUAGAUGGCCAUGGCUAAGGGCAGCUGGAGGAAGGCUGUUGGGGAGGGCAGCGCAUCAGCCGACAGCCGCAGGGGCAGAGUUGCAUUGGGAGUGAGCCGAUAGAUGGCGGCCAGCCGAAUGAACCGCCCCAUCGCCCGCCACUCGCCGCCACUGCCCUCCUCCAGCAGAUGCACCACCUUCCAGCCGUCCUCCAGACCACCGACGUCGAAGACCAGGGCGUCCUCGAGCCCCAGACGACCGACGGCCUCCUCUAUGCGCUGCUCGACGAGUGUGAGGGCGGUGCUGGCCUCGGCCUGCGGCAAUCUGUCGAUGCACUGACGGAGCGUGGCGCGUCUGUCGGGUGGGGUGACAUGGCCAUGUCUGCCGCCCUGGUGAUGGCAAGGUCGGGCAGAGAGGGGACCGCCGGAGGGGCGGCGGGGGGCGGGGGAGUGGUGGGGGGCAGCUGAUGCGACGACGACGCCAUCGGUGAGUGAGUGAGAGAUCUGAAUGAAUCAAAAGAGGAAGGACACACGAACGAGUGAAUGGCAAUCAGUCAGUGAGACGAGAUCCAUGGGAGGGCGGGAUGCUCUGCUUACCUCAGACAGACAUUGUCACAGCAGAGAGGCGGGGAGUGAGCCGGGGUGAAUGAGUGACUCUGCAGACAGAAAGCACGAGCGUGAUGCAGCUCAGACACACCAGCAGCAGCUGUGUGAAGCAUUGUCAGUCGUCCAUUGCGCUCUCGCUGCCCUCUCACCUUCGAUGAGCGACCAAAAGCCUUCAAAAUCGCCGAUGUCCCGCACACGGCAAUCCACUACUGUAUCUAUGCGAUGCAUCGGAUGGAUGGCGUCUUGCCUUGUGGGACUGCCUGUUUUCCGACAGUGACGCCUGAUUGAUUGAUGUGAUGCGCCCGUGUGUGUGUGUGUGUGCAUGUCUGUAGACACAGAAUUGACUGAAUGUCACCUCUUUCGGCGGUCCGCGCACCUGAAUGCCAUUCAUCCACCGUUGCGAACUCGUUG